AGAGACCUUUUGACAAAAACAUGGCCACAAACAGCAGAGAAGCACGAAGGAGGAAGAUCCUGGAGAGAGGAUCCGACCGCCUAGGUCUAAUCACGGGUCGGAUCCAAACACUCCCAUCUUCUUCAUUACCCGACCCACAAACCCAACUUGAAGACACAACAAACCCAUCUUCACCGCCGUCAGUUUCCGAUGUUCAGGACCAAAUCGCCGAAGUACCUUCUGAAAUUGAGGAGAAGGAAAACGAGUCUGAUUCAACAUCGCCAAGUAGCCAAUCUGAAACAACCAGUGAAGCACUGAGAGCCAUUGAUUCUCAAGUCCACGAACUUAUCGCCUCCUUAGCGGCUCAAAAUGCACCGCCACCGCAGCAGCCGGUGCCACUACCACGGUUAUAUCAACAGCAAAGGCAGCCGCUUUUCACUGCCAGUGGAUUAACCAAUGCCAUUGCAGAAACAGAAAGAACUCGUCUUUUGGUUUCGGCAGCAGUAGCGAUUUUGGUUGUUCUGGUUCAUGUGGGAUUUCCUUUUCUGGGGAGGAGUAGCAUUGUGAAGACCCUGCUGGGGUUUAGGCCGCUGUAUCUGGUUUUGCUGACCAAUGUGACAUUUGUGCUGGCAAGGAUUCUUGGUAAAAAGAGAGUGUUUGAAAGGUUUGAGGAGAUUAGAGAUUCGAGUGAAGGAGUUGAGUGGUAUGCGCAGUUAGGGAAGGCUUUAGAGAUAUGCUUGGUAGCGCAGAAGGUACUUGAUGCUCUGUUUAUGGAUUGUGCUGUCUAUUCAAUUAUAGUUGUAUGUGGUCUCUCAUCUUCUGCAUAGGAGAUUCUGUAGGGAAGUGUGUGUUUCCUUUUGUUGUUUCUGCUGAUAUGAGUGAAACCUUGUCGAAUUUGCAAGUG